GGCGAGGUAGUGAGAAGGCAGGCGGAGCGGGCUGAGUCACUGCAUGUGGCUGCGAGGGAAACAGAAGGAGCAGAGGGGAUCACACUCUCGCCCGAGCAGGAUACAGGAUGGGCUGACUGGGGGGACCAGCCUCUCACUCAACUAUGGAAGACAACAAAGUUCUGCAUUUUGUGCCUUCUGAGGCCCCCAUCUCGGGGAUGUCCAAGAAUGGAUACUUCUUCCAAGAAAUGGAGCAGCGGGAGGCGGAGCAGGAGGAGGGCAGCGAGGGCAGAGAGGAGGGGCAGGACUCCCCCACCGCCUGCCGAGACGACGUCCACCUUUACCACAACCAGAACAGCCCUGGACCAGAUUCCGAUGAUUCUGGCUGCGUCCUACUGAACACAUCUCGGAAGUAUGUGAAGCUGAUGAACUUUGAGGAGGAGGUGCGCGCGCACCGAGACCUGGACGGCUUCCUGGCGCGGGCCAGCAUCCUGCUGGACGAGACGGCGGCGUCCCUGGACGACGUCCUGAAGAGGAUGCUGCACCACGUGGGCCAGGAGAACCACACCGCCGAGCCCGCCUGCAACUUCGAGGACGUCAUGAGCAUGCUGUUCACCGACGCCGGGGCGCAGGAGGUCAGCGUGCACCUGCUGUCAGAGACCAUGCAAGGGGUCACUGCCACGGCAACAGGGAUCCAGUACCAGCAGUCCUGGCUCUGCAUCCUGUGCAACGUGAAGAGUCUGCAGAGGCGGCACGUGUGCAUCUCUCGUCUGGAGCGGCCUCAGAACUGGGGGGAGAACUGCUGUGAGGUCCGCUACGUCAUCCUCAUCCUGGCCCCCCUCAAAAUGAAAAGCACCAAGACAGCGAUGGAGCUGGGCCGCACCUUUGCCACCAUGUUCUCUGACAUCUCCUUCAGGCAGAAGCUGCUGGAGACCAAGACCCAGGAGGAGUUCAAGGAGGCCCUGGUCUUCCAGAGACACCAGCUCACCGCCGCCAAUCAGAAGCCCACCACCGUCGAGGAGGAGGAGACGGACCCCCACAGCCACAAACCUCUCAAGUGUAAGGACUUCUUCAAGGCUGGAAGAGGAAUCUACGAUGACUUGUGUCGCAGGCUGCCCCUCUACCCCUCUGACUUCACGGACGGUGUUGUGGGCAGCAACAAGUCCCUGCUGAAGUACAUGACCACCGCCAUCUUCCUCUACAUCGCCAUCCUCCUCCCUGCCAUCGCUUUUGGCUCCCUCAACGACGAGAGCACGCGUGGCGAGAUUGACGUCCAGAAGACCAUCGUGGGUCAGAGCAUCGGAGGGAUCAUCUACUCCCUGUUUGCAGGCUCUCCUCUGGUCGUGCCUCUCACCACGGCUCCUUUGGCUAUCUACAUAUCUGUGAUUCGAGGGAUCUGUGAUGACUAUGAUCUGAACUUCACUGCGUUCUACGCGUGCAUCGGCCUGUGGAACAGCUUCUUCCUCAUCCUGGGAGGAAUCUUCAACGCCAGUCUGAUCGUCAAGCUCUUCAAGAGGUCAACCGAGGAGAUUAUCGCUCUGUUCAUCUCCAUAGCGUUCGUGGUGGACGCGUUAAAAGGCACCAUCAAAAUCUUUCACAAAUACUACCACUCCCCCACGUUGACCAAUGGGAGCAUGGGGGCCUCCCAGCCGCUGCAGGACAGGUGGGGGCAGCUGGGGGUCAACGUGACGGAGGAGACGACCAUCGUGUGCACCCGGGAGAGGCCUGUCCUCUGUCUGCUGCUCAUGCUGGGGACCCUGUGGAUGGGGUACACCCUGUACCAGUUUAAGAGGAGUCCGUUCCUGCAUGUGAAGGUGAGGGAGAUGCUGUCAGACUGUGCCUUGCCCAUCUCCAUCCUGCUGUGCUCCUUUAUAGGAUCCUACCUGUUCAACGACAUAGAGCUUCCAGUGUUCAACUUUAAAAACACCCCCAUGUUCAACCUGGCUCCGUUUGAGAAGCUGUCGGCCAUCAACGUUCUGAGUGCCAUGGGUCUGGGCCUGCUCCUCGCCAUCCUCAUCUUCAUCGACCAGACCAUCGUGGUGUCGCUGACCAAUGCACCGGAGAACCGGCUGCUGAAAGGCACAGCGUACCACUGGGACCUGAUGCUCUCAGGACUCAUCAACAUGCUGAUGUCGGUGCUGGGGUUGCCAUGGAUGCAUGCCGCCUUCCCCCACUCCCCCCUGCAUGUGCGGCAGCUGGCCGUGGUGGAGCAACACGUGGAGGGAGGACACCUUUACGAGACCAUCGUCCAGGUGAAGGAGACCAGGCUGACGUCGCUGGCGGCCAACAUCUUCAUCGGCGUGUCUGUGUUCCUGCUGCCCGUGCCCCUGCAGUGGAUCCCCAAGCCGGUGCUGUAUGGCCUCUUCCUCUACAUCGCCCUCACCUCCAUUGACGGGAACCAGAUGUGUGACCGCAUGGCUCUCUUGUUGAAGGAACAGACCUCCUACCCCCCCACCCACUACAUCCGCAAGGUCCCCCAGAGAAAGAUCCACUACUUCACCUUCCUGCAGAUGGUGCAGCUGCUGGUGCUGUGUGCGUUUGGCAUGUACCCACUGCCCUACACCAAGAUGAUCUUCCCUGUGCUCAUGGCCCUGCUCAUUCCCAUCAGGAACUGUGUGCUUCCUCACAUCAUUCAGGCCAAAUACCUGGAUAUUAUGGACGCCCAACACAUGUAGCUAGAUAGAGACUGUGGGGAACAGACACCUGGGAUUUGUAUUUUUAAAUGCAGGUAAAUAGAGACUGUUUAAUUUUGUAAUAGAAUAGAACAUCCAUGGUGGUGCAGCACUGAAGACAGGAAGAGGGGGGGGGGAGCGGAGAGCAGAGGAGGUGGAGCAGAGGAAGAGGAAGGAGUUAAAGAGAGAAGGAAAGGAGGCAGAGGAGACUAGCAGAAGACUGCAGAGCAGCCAGAGUGGUUUCUGGCUCCCUGGCGCUCACGCAGCCUUGUGGUCUUCACCUGGCGAUGUUCACGUCCCUUCAGACGUUAGGGUUGCCACGACUGGCAUGGAGGCAGCAGGAUGUGCCGCUCAUUUCAGUUCGAUUCCUGUUGAUUUUGGGGGGUAGCAACGUUCACAAUGAGAAGAUAAUACAAUGUUAUUUUUCCCCUCCUUUCUUUCUCUCUCUCUCUUUCUCACACCAAGCAUCACAUUAUGGUGGAGGAUAAGCAAUCACCCCAAAUAUCUAAUGCUUAAUACAUUCCACUGAACUAUAAGAAAAUAUGUCAGACCAAAUUUGAUCUAGUUAAAUAAUGUACAUUAUGCCGAUUUACACAAAUAUUUUAGCAAUUUAAAUAGAUAUUUAUUUCUCAUAAUGUGUUUGUCCUUAAGAUGAAAGGGGCAUAUCAAAUCAACAGUAAAGUUUUUACUUUGUUCAUUUGGAAAUAAUUAUAUUAUUGUUUAUGAAUAAUAUAAUAUUUUCCCUCAUUUUGUUUCCCAACUUGAUCUAUGUGUCUGUCUGAAUAUCUUUCUUACAUAGGGCUUUGUGUUAGUGUUUACUUAAAAUCCUUCCAACCAUAUCAAGGUUCGGGCUCAGACCUCCUGGUGAAGCUUGUUUGGUCGUUCAAACACAAAAGUUGUGCGUGUCUGUUUUAGCCCUGUUUUAAGUAAACCUGUUUAUGAUCAGAUUAGUGCUUGCAAAACUCGUCAUAUAAUCCAGAUGUCAUGAGAAGUUAUCUUAGUAACAAAAAAAAGAUGUUUUCUAUACUAUACACACUUGCACUCUUGUUUGCUAAAGAACUGGAUUUUUGAUAUACAGCCAUCGUAGUGACAUCUAGUGAUGACAUGUUAUCCUAACAAGGCAUGUACAAAGAAGAAGUUUAUAAUGCUGCAAGUCCUGCAAGAGACAACUCACUCACGACACUGUCCUACCGUGAUCGUGAAUCCAGCAAUACUGUUAGUCUAAAUGCAUCCCAAAUGCAUCCAAUCCCAACCGCGGCUGUCCCAGUCUCAGGCUGUCCCACUGUGCACCACUGCAGACCUGCAGGUGGCAGGAUGAUGCUAUAAGCGAGUUCAUACCAAUGGUACAAGUUACAUUCCAUUCUUAGCGAUCAUUCAUUUGAGCAUGUAAGGGAGAAUAACAUGUUUUAUUACUGUGGUUAUAGUUCCCUGAAGAAUGGCAGCUUCCCAGGCAGUUGACUGUGUUUUAAUGAUGUAACAAAGAUCUCAGUUUCAAGUCAAGUAUAAAUAAAUGGCUCAUUAGGCACCCAAGGUAGUAGGCUACAGGAAAGAGCUGAACACAUUUCCAUAAUCCCCUGACUAAUCCUUAACACAGCGCUGGUGAGAGAUAUAUGUAUUAGGCUACGUAAAUAAUAUGUAGGCCUACAGUUUGCCAUUCAAACUUUAGUUUUUUUCGAUUAUACACACGGUCCAUGACAAGGUAUUCGUUUCUAACUUUGUACCAGAUCUGAGCCAGUAGGCUACUAUAUUAUUCUUAUAUGGCAGUAGGCUGUUGUUGUUGUUCCUUGAAAUCUUUAAGGCUCCUCAUUUCAAUUGCAGUCAACUCCCUCAGAUUGAGUCAAGAUUUGUAUCUGUUUGUGAAACCUUACACCUCCCAAUUUGAGUUGUUGAGGUUACUUACUGUGGUGUUUUACUAUUAUAUACUUUUUCUAAUCAUGAAUGUAUAAUUUGUGGAUUUUUAUAUAGCAUAUAUAGAAUAAUUUAGGUGUGAAACAGAUCUGUAAUUUUGUCAAAAAGAUCAGCUAUAUUUGUAAGCUGUAAAAUGUUAAAAGAUGAUAAACGUUUAUCAAACAGAAUGUGUUCGUUUACUAUGGUAUAUACUGUACACUGAAAAAGAGAUCUUAAGCUGUUUGCCAAAUAAAGAGUAAUAGUGAUGAUUA